CGGGCCGGGCGCCAUGUCGUGGAGGGGCCGGGUGCCAUGUUGACGCGGCGGGCGCCAUCUUAGCGCGCCGGGGCGCAGGGCUCUGACGCGGCCGGCGGAGGCGCCGCCCGGCGAGGAGGGAGAGCUGGCAGCCGCAGGAGUAUACAUGAAGCUCAAGAUCUGAACCUGCUAUGACUGACCCAGACGUCCUCACUGAGGUCCCUGCAGCUCUCAAACGCCUUGCCAAGUAUGUUGUGCGUGGGUUUUAUGGCAUUGAACAUGCUUUGGCUCUGGACAUUCUCAUCCGAAACCCCUGUGUGAAGGAAGAGGACAUGUUAGAGCUCCUUAAAUUUGACAGGAAGCAGUUGCGGGCUGUCCUCAACACCCUCAAGGGUGACAAGUUCAUCAAAUGCAGGAUGAGAGUAGAGACAGCUCCAGAUGGCAAAACCACCCGUCAUAACUAUUACUUCAUCAACUACCGCCUGCUGGUUAACGUGGUGAAGUACAAGCUGGACCACAUGAGGAGAAGGAUUGAGACGGACGAAAGAGACUCCACCAAUCGCGCCUCUUUUAAAUGCCCCAUUUGCUUCAGCACUUUCACAGACUUGGAGGCCAACCAGCUCUUUGACCCCAGGACAGGAACUUUCCGCUGUACUUUCUGUGAGACUGAAGUGGAAGAAGAUGAGUCGGCAAUGCCCAAAAAGGAUGCAAGGACACUCGUGGCAAGAUUUAAUGAGCAGAUCGAGCCCAUCUACGCGCUACUUCGUGAGACGGAAGAUGUUAACUUAGCCUAUGAAAUCCUCGAACCAGAACCCACAGAGAUCCCUGCCUUGAAGCAGAGCAAAGAACGUACAGCUGGUACUGGUUCGGGGACAGCUGGCAUUACAGGUGGACACCAUCGGGAAGCAUGGACUACAAAAGGACCAUCGUACGAGGACUUGUAUACCCAGAACGUUGUCAUCAGCAUGGAGGACCAGGAGGAUAUGAACCGGUCUGCGAGUGAAGGGAAGCCAGCCAGAGAGAGGCCAAUUUGGCUCCGGGAGAGCACGGUGCAGGGGGCUUAUGACCCUGAUGAAAUCAAAGACGGGGGCCGGGAUCUGGACACCUUCCAGGAGCGUGAGGAGGGCCGGGCAGCUCUGGAUGAUAACGAGGAGGUGAUGCGUGCCCUGCUCAUCCAUGAGAAGAAGACGCCCUCUGCUUCAACGGUCACUGUCGGAGGUUCUGCUCCUCUCUCUGGUGCCAACGCCAGUGACUCCGAGAGCGAGACGAGCGAGUCAGAGGAGGAAUCUCCUCCCCGCCCUCCUGCCACGGCCACCACAGCGUACGGGCUGGAGGAUGAGGAGGAGGAUGAAGAGUUUGAGGUGGUGGCAGAGGACCCCACGGUCACAGUGGCUGGGCGCCCACACACGUACAGCCAAGUGAGCCAGCGCCCCGAGCUGGUGGCCCAGAUGACACCGGAGGAAAAAGAGGUUUACAUAGCCAUGGGGCGCCGCAUGUUUGAGGAUAUGUUUGAUUAACUGCUUCCUGACGGGGCUUUUUUUUUUAAAAAAAAAUGAUUUUUUAAAGCCAGAGACUCCCUUGUAAAACAGAAGACUAAAAAGCAUCUUUCCUCCCCUGUGCGCAGGGACACUGGGGCUCGGAACUGCUGAUCUCAGGCAUCUUGCCCACCAGAGAGGGGGAGCAGGAAGGCUGCAUGUGCCAAAACAGGUAGGGGAGGACAAGUCUUAGAAGUGAGGAUGCUUGCAAGGUAAACAUUUUAAGGUUUUAGGGUUCCCUGCACACAGGCACUGGUUUAACCCUCUCCAAGGCCCAGUAGCUGCCUCCCCCCAGUUGUUUUGGGUUUAUUUUUGCUGCAGAUUCUAGUGAACUCCAUGUCCCUGCCCUCAGAGGACGUAAGUGCUCUGUGGUCUGAUCCGAGUGCUCUGCAGAGGAGGGUGUCAGUAGCGUUUUAGCCCGGUGAGGAGGGGAGCAGUGGUCUGCUGAUGGGCUCGGGCAGGGCUUGUGCCUGACCUCCUGCCAGCAGCCACUGGCCAUGGAGUGGUUACUGCUAAGCAGCCCCGUGGGCAGCAACCUGUAAGAAGGUGCUGCCUUCUUAGUCACUCUCAGCACCUCAAGGUCAGGUGGAACUUGAAACACGCAGAGUGAAAGCCUUGGCAAGGACACACAGUCACUCUUUGUCAGUGUAACAAAAGCCCUCCGCGCAUCUGAGCUGUCAGAGCGCUCCGACUUACCAGGAGAUACCUUCAUUUUCCAGUAGUGCUGCCUGUCACUUCUGCCUCGCUCUGUCCAGCCUCCAGUGUUGCCGACGGUUCGUGGCGGGCAGGGCUGCAGUCAGGCAGCACCAGAGAAAUAGCAUAGCUAGCUUUUAUUUUCAGUCACGCCACGGUUGUAUCAUUUUAAGAGGAAUUACGCAAUUUUAAAUUCUGCUUUGGCACGCACUCUUCCCACAGAAAAAACAUUUACCUGUGCCUGCAGAGCAAUACCAGAUUUGUAACGUUUUCUCUAUCAAUUGAAAGUGUUGCUUUUUUAAAUUGUUGUGUUUUCCUAUCCGGCAGGACGACAAAACAAAAUGAUAAAAGAAUUUUGUGUUUUGGAGGGUCGGGGCAGUAUUACGUGCUGCUUGGUUUACAUGGGCAGCAUAAAUGUGCUGUUCAUUGAGACUGUAAAUGUUUUAUACUAACUAUGCUUUCUAGGUUGUGCUAACCUUGUAAUGCCUCCUCUGUGGUUUUAUUUGCAGUUUGAUUUUUGAACUCCCUCUUUUUUUAGUGUUUUCAAUUUGCUUUUAAGUCAUUUUAAGGUGGAAUAAAUAAGUAGGAACUUGUUCCCU